AUGGCGAAAAAAGGAAAAUCUGGAAAAGUCAAGAAGAACACCAGUGGCAAGGCCGAAAACAACUCCCCAAGCACCGAACCCCAGAACAUUCAGCCCGAGUCCGCUGUUGCCAAGGACACGCCCAAGCUUGAGAUGCCCAAUCUGACCGAUCCUCAAAAGAUUGUUAGCUCCGCAAUUCCUGCUGGUGGCAGCGCAGCCGCUGGUGCCGUUGGAGGCGCUGUUGCUGCAGGGACUGUAGGAGCUGCUGCUGCUGCCGUGGGAUCAGCGACAAAGAAUGUCAAGGCGGCAGUUGACGCAGAUCCCCUUGAGGUCGCCCCCGACGCGGCAGUAAAUCCCAAGGAUACAUUUGCAGACAAGGCUGCCAAGACUCCGCCUCUGGAUUCCGACGUGGUGCCCACGGAGGCCGCUGUCGUUGAGCCUGUGAAGACCGAGGAGCCCGUUAAGGCUGCCGAGCCCUUGAAGACCGAGGAGCCCGUUAAGGCUGCCGAGCCCUUGAAGACCGAGGAGCCCGUUAAGGCUGCCGAGCCCUUGAAGACCGAGGAGCCCGUGAAGGCUACAGAACCAGCAAAGACGGAGAGACCCAAGCAUACCGAGACACCAAAGGCCGAAAAGCCCAAGAAGGAUGACAAGCCCGCAGAGAAGAGCGAGGACAGCAAGAAACAUCACCACAAGCACCGGGAGGACAAGAAGGAUACAUCGCAACAGCCAGCCGAAGAGAAGCCUGCACGAAAGAGUAUUGUCAGCCGGCUCAUUGACUUCUUCAACGGCAAGUAA